UUGAGACAGUCAAUGAUUUACAACACUGACACUGAUUUAAACAGUUUGCUCUGUGAGAAUCCACGAGCUAACAGGAGCUAAAGACGGUGCAUGAGAUGUAAUAACGACAACAUGAGACGAGUGUAAUGUUGUAAUAACGGCCGGUCACCAUGACGACCAAGCGUGGACUGAUAACGGAUUCGUUCAAGGUGGUGAAGAAAGGAAGGAGAGGUGGCAAACGGCAGAAGCAACGGGCGACGCCUCCUCCUUCUCCUCAACAAGAGUCUGACAGUGAAGCGGUCAGAGAGGACGAGCUGCACAAGCUCAGACAGUUUGAUCUGGACUGGAGGUUCGGGCCGUGCACAGGGAUCAGCAGGCUGCAGAGGUGGGAGAGAGCAAAGCUUCAUGGUCUGGAUCCACCUGAGGAGAUCAGAGAGCUGCUGCUGCUGCAGACACACACUGACCCCGAGUACACGCUGAGCCUGUGGAGAGAGUAUCCACUGUGAGGCAGUCCAAUCAUCCCGGAGACGGAGAGAGAAAAGUCGCUACAGCUCGACAGAAGUCACAUCAAGUUCGCGUCUGUGUUGGACAUUUUGAAUCAUGUGAUCAAACAAAGAAGGGUCAGAAGGCUUCCUGUGCGGCCUUAAGUGGACACUACGGCAACAGAAGAGGAUCACUCUCACAUCCUGGAGGCAGGAAAACGUGUCCCCACACAUUUGUUUGUUUCUUUUAAGUUAAAGUGACACUAUGUUGUCUCUUACGCACUACGUUUAAUUCAUACUUUUAAUUAAAAGCUACCAAACACA